GAGACAACUAAUCGACAGAUCUCACUGAGAGUAGCAUUUUUCUUUAUUUUAGUGUGUUCCAGACUGCCCAUCUCCCCCACCUCUCUGUUUCCAUUGCUUCGUCAAUUCCACUCCAUCCUCCCAAAAGUCACAGUAACGGUCACAUUUUUCGUCUGUCACCACAACUCAGAACCUCAUCAACUCCGAACGGCAACAUCUCCUUUUCAUCUCUCUCUCUUCUCUUGGUACCCAAAUCCCUCGCUUUCAGAAAGAAAAUGACAAAAACCUUUGGGUUCUUCUCUCUCUUGCUUUUGCUAACCCUACUCGAUUUCCCUCUCUCCCGUGCCUCCUUCCCUAAUCAGAGAACAGUUUCGAGGGCCCAGAACGGCGUCGUUGGCACGGAGCUGUGGUGCGUGGCCAAGAACAACGCGGAGGAUGCAGCUUUGCAGACGGCCCUGGACUGGGUAUGCGGGCCCGGAGCCGCUGACUGCGGUCCAAUCCAGAAUGGCGGUCCAUGCUACGACCCGCACGACAUCCAGGCUACGGCCUCCUUUGCCUUCAAUGACUACUACUUGAAGCACGGCUUGACCGACGACGGUUGCUUCUUUGAUAACACUGCCGCCCUCACUUCUUUGAACCCCAGUCAUGAUAAUUGCAAAUUCCCUUCCAGCUUAAAUGUGAACAAUGGAAGCGUUUCCAGUCUCACAGCAGUAGGGGGGAUGGGGUCAAGCGAAGGCAUGAGCGGCUGUUCUCAGAUUGGUCAGCAGUUGUUUUGGCCUGUAAUUACCGGUCAUAUGUUCAUGUUGCUUACACAGAUUAUUUCACAAUGGUAGAGAAUGAAGCAGAAUCAAGUUCUUGAGCCUGCAAUCAAGUGGGAUUUUUAUGGCUUAUUUUGGGGGAUUACAGCCAUCUGAACCCAGUGGAUGGCUUAGAUGCUCCAUUUCCUAGCAACGAGUAUCUAGUAAUCUCAGAAAAGAUAUGAAUAAGUUCUGGAUCCCACUAUGCGCAGGAAAUGUGUUGUAGCUGUGGUUUUAAAUAUGAUUUGGGACAAUCUAGUAAAAUAUAUUGGUGGCAGAGAGCACGAAAAUAUGACUACGGAAUAUCUGUGGUCACAUAAAUUUUGUGGACAUCCAAAAAGCUUUGACAUCAGGAGGAGACUACUGCAGAAAAA